AUGCCUGCUGUGUUGGAAGACUACCAGAAGAACUUUUUGGACUUGGCGCUGGAGAGCCAGGCAUUGAAGUUCGGAAGCUUCACGUUGAAGUCCGGACGCCAGUCGCCGUACUUCUUCAAUCUCGGUCAGUUCAACACCGGUAAGCUGUUGUCGAACCUGGCAACUGCGUACGCGAUUGCCAUUAUCCAGUCGGACCUCAAGUUCGACGUGAUCUUCGGCCCCGCCUACAAGGGCAUUCCGCUCGCUGCGAUCGUGUGUGUCAAGCUCGCAGAAAUCGGCGGAACCAAGUUCCAGAACGUCCAGUACUCCUUCAACCGCAAGGAAGCCAAGACGCACGGCGAAGGUGGUAGCAUUGUUGGUGCUCCUCUGCAGGAUCAGCGUGUGUUGAUCAUCGACGACGUCAUGACCGCAGGGACCGCCAUCAACGAAGCUUUUGGCAUCAUAGCCGAGAACAAUGGUAUCGUUGUGGGCACCAUUGUGUCUCUGGACAGACAAGAGGUCCUCAGCGUCGAGUCUAAAGAGCGCCUAAGUGCUACCCAGGCUGUUUCCAAAAGGUAUAACAUUCCUGUCUUGAGCAUUGUCACUUUUGCCAACAUCAUCCAUUAUCUAGAGGCUAAGAUCACCCCAGAGGACAAGCGGAAGAUGGAGGAUUAUUUGCAAACUUACGGCGUGUAA